CUUUUAUUUUGUGUCUGAUGUCUUUUCUGUCUCUCUCUUUAUCUUCUAUCAUCUCUCCAGACUCUGUGAGGCUGGUGGAGGGGACCAGUCUGUGCUCAGGCAGACUGGAGGUGAAGUCUGACCAGUCUACCCAGACCUGGUCCUCAGUGUGUGAACAGGACUUUGACCAGCAGGAUGCAGAGGUGGUCUGCAGGGAGCUUGGCUGUGGGGCUCCUUCAGUCCUCCAGGGGGCGCUCUAUGGAGAACUGGAGGCUCCAACAUGGACCAAAGAGUUCCAGUGUGGAGGCCAUGAGUCUGCUCUCCUGGACUGUAGAAGCUCAGAUAGAAACACCUGCUCAUCUGGAACAGCUGUUGGACUCACCUGCUCAGAGCCGGUCAGGUUGGUGGGAGGAGCCAGUCGCUGCUCAGGAACCCUGGAGCUGAACCAUCAGAGAGAAUGGAGACCAGUGAUAAACUCUAGCUGGGAACCAAAGUUAUAUAAUGAAAACAUUUUCCAGAAACAGGAAGACGUGGGCAGGUUGUGGUCCUUUUACCUUGACUGGACUCUGAAGGCAGCCGCCGUUGUCUGCAGAAAGUUGGGCUGUGGCUCUGCUGUUUCUGUAGGAAAGAGAACAGAGUUCUCCGCCAGACCCGUUUGGGGGAUCAGCUCUGACUGUGUUCAGUCUGUAUCUGCUCUUAGGGGGUGUGCAACAUCAGAAUCCUCUAUCUACAGCCUGAAUCUUACCUGCUCAGACUCUGUGAGGCUGGUGGAGGGGACCAGUCUGUGCUCAGGCAGACUGGAGGUGAAGUCUGACCAGUCUACCCAGCGCUGGUCCUCAGUGUGUGAACAGGACUUUGACCAGCAGGAUGCAGAGGUGGUCUGUAGGGAGCUUGGCUGUGGGGCUCCUUCAGUCCUCCAGGGGGCGCUCUAUGGAGAAUUGGAGGCUCCAAUGUGGACCAAAGUGUUCCAGUGUGGAGGCCAUGAGUCUGCUCUCCUGGACUGUAGAAGCUCAGAUAGAAACACCUGCUCAUCUGGAACAGCUGUUGGACUCACCUGCUCAGAGCCUGUCAGGUUGGUGGGAGGAGCCAGUCGCUGCUCAGGAACCCUGGAGCUGAAACAUCAGGGGGAAUGGAGACCAGUUGAUCACUAUAACUGGCCCAAGACGUUAGCAGCUGCUGCCUGCAAAGAGUUGGACUGUGGCUCUGCCCUGUCUGAAGGACAGGUAAAUACGUCCUCAGACCACAGACAUGUGUGGUGGUUCACACCUGACCUUCAGUCUGGAUGUGCUCUGAGAGAGUGUGCAGCAUCAAGUAUCACUACGUCGACCAUAAAUCUCACCUGCUCAGACCUCCUGCUGCAGCCCACCAUCUCUGUGUCCUCCUCCAUGGACGGGGUCUCCGAGGCCCAGGAGCAGGGGUUUAAGGUGUUCAGGGGCUCCAACUUUAACAUCAGCUGCUCCGUCCAGCCACAGUACCCAGGAGGCUCCUUCCAGCUCAGCUUCACCUCCUCCGACUCAGCACACAGCUCCACCCAGACAGCUGUCAAUCACUCUGCCCACUUCCUGUUUCCUGCUGCAGAGCCCGCCCACCAAGGAAACUACAGCUGUGUUUAUCACCAGUUUGUUUUUUCUCAUAACUUCUCCUCUGAGAGCCGUCUGCUCUCGCUCACUUUAAUAGAUCCUAGGCCUUUUCGAGUCCGAGGGAUCGUCCUGCCGCUGAUUCUGCUGCUGGCGACCGCUGGCCUUUACUUCUUCUGUAAGGUACGGACACGGCUGAUGUUUCCACCUUUGACUGUGUUGAUUGAACUGAAGAGAGACGUGAUGCAGGAAAUGGAUGAUUUUGUGAAGGAGAAACUUCUUGAAUGGACCCUGGCUGAGCUGCUCCCGGCGUUUGAAGCUGCUCUGGGUCAAAGAGUGAACUAUCCAGAUCCUGUCUGUGGUGUGAGAGGAUCGACCGUCACCCUCCCCUGCUCCUUCAUACCGCUGAAGUCUGUCAACGCCAAUGGAAGAGAAGUCUUGAUCGAGGUCGUCAGAGUCGUCUGGUGCAAGAAUCAUGAAACCUGUCAGGAAACUCCAUCUCUGUACGACAGCCAAUCCCAGACCAACGACCCUCGUUACAGAUACCUGGGAGACAAGAAGGGAGACUGCACUUUACAGAUCUCAGAUUUACAGAAAGAAGAGGGUGCAACGUAUCGCUUCAGAAUGGAAAUGAGUGAUCCCAAAGCAUCUUUUACUGCCCCAACAGGAUUGAAAGUCAAAGUCGUUGGUAAGAGCAUCUUGUGGUAA